GUUAAUGCACGAAAACGUAGUAUACAUAAUAUUAUAGUUUCUUCUUAGGAGCUACGGAUCUUUAGAAAUCUCUCCUGAAUAUUCUUUCCCUUCAUAGUAAAAAAAUCUCUACAAAAACACUAAUAAGGAAUUUAAAAUGUCUGAUGUUUACUCAUGUGCCAAAGGAUCUCUUAAAUUGAAAAAGCAUGCGAAAGUAAAUAAGAAAAGUUCUGGAUCCAAAUCAAAAAAAUUGAAGAAAUCACUGGAAAAAGUUUCCAGUGACUCAGAAGUUCUGGAUCCUUCUCUUCGAAAAGUUGUUGAAAAACAGACAAAUGCUGAAUUAGCUUUUGAAAAAGCUCGUGACAAAAGGUUAGUUGAACAGAUUAUGGAACGUGCCUCCAAGUCACACAAGGAACGAAUUAUGGAUUUCAACCGGCACUUGGACACUCUCACUGAACACUUUGACAUUCCCAAAGUCAGCUGGACAAAAUGAAAGAUUCACAAGGCUUCGUCUCAUUUUCUUUGUACAGAACAUCUGAUAAUAAAUUUUUUAAAACUAUU